UUGGUGAAGUUUUGGAGUUUGCUUUGGGUGAUGGUUGGUUGAUUUUGGGUCUCUUUGUUGAGGAGUUUCGUCUGAGUUUUUGAGAGCAAUAGAAGAGGAUUUACUGGAGAAGAAAGGGGGCAACAACGGUGGUUGAGAGGAAGGAUCACCGAGCUUCCAGAGGAGCUUCAUUUUCUGGGUUUCAUCGCUGAAGGCAAUAAUUGUUUUAAGAGAGGCGGUCCUAAAAAUACAGAUACGCACACCGAGAAAAAAACAGAGAUGGAAAAUCAAGAAUCCUUCCCCAUGACUGGUGGAGAUGGCCCAACCAGCUAUGCUCGGAAUUCCAAUCGUCAGAAAGAAGCAGCAGAGCAUGUGUUAUCCAUACUUGUUGAGUCCGUCAUUGAGAAUCUUGAAAUAGAACCCACAUCAAAAACAUUCCGAAUUGCUGACUUGGGCUGUUCAACGGGUCCCAACACCUUUUCGGCUGUGAGAACCAUCAUUGAAGCCGUGACCCAAAAGUACAAAAUGGCAGGGUCUAAUUCUACCCUAAAAUCGGAAUUCCAAGUGUACUUCGCCGACCAUGCCUCCAAUGAUUUCAACAUGCUCUUCUCCAGUCUCCCUUCGGACAGGGAGUACUUCGCUUGUGGCGUUCCAGGUUCUUUUCAUGGCAGGUUGUUUCCGACGGCCAGUCUCAAUUUCGUCAACUGUUUUAGUGCCCUUCAUUGGUUGUCCACAACACCAAAAGAUUUGGGAAACCUGGAUUCCCUUGCCUUUAAUAAGGGGAGGAUUUUUUAUUACAAUGCACCAGAUGAAGUUGGCCAGGCCUAUGCUGCUCAGUUUGCAAAGGAUAUACAAUCCUUCUUAGCAGCUCGAGCACAAGAGCUGGCCCCUGGAGGAUUGAUGUCCAUUAUUAUUCCAGGACGUCAAGACGGAACAACUUUUAAGGAGGGAUCACUUGGCCCAUUGUUUCAGCCCUUGGAAUCUUGUCUUUUAGACAUGGCAAAUGCGGGAAAAAUUGAGAAAGAUAAAAUAGAUUUAUUCAACUUGCCCAUUUACAGCCCAUCAGUCGAAGAGCUAGGAGCAUUGAUAAGAGACAAUGGGUGUUUCACCAUUACAAGGCUAGAAGCAUCACCUACAGAACCCUUGGCACUGCUUACGGCUAACGAGUGUAGAUCUGGACUAGAGAGCAUUAUCACGAAGCACUUCGGAAGUGAAAUUAUAGGAGAGCUGUUUGAGCGAUAUGAUGAGAAAAUUAAAGCGCAGUCUCUCAUUGGCCGUGGUGGUCUUGGAGUUGCUUUGUUCAUCCUCCUCCAGCGCAAACUUUGAUCGUAUCUAUGGACUGCUCUUUAUUGUUAUUUAUGAUAAGAAAAACUGAUGAUUUUUAAAGCAAUAGACCUCCUUAGCCCUUUUUUUUAACUUUCUUCCAUGUACAAAACAACUACCCAACACCUUCUGUACUAUUAUUAUUAUAGGA